AAGUCCAAUUAUUUGUUGAUUACUCACUCAGCUCUAUUUGUUUGUGUACUGCGACAUCAAGGGUGACCUGGACAAUGAAAACAAACACUCGGUGACUUAACAAGUCUUUAAAUUUUUCAUUCUUAGAAGUUUAUACUUAAAAUGAAUGAUGCUGAAUAGUUUAAACGCGUUUGACAAGUCAUCGUUGAAAAAGACUGUAACAAAAGUAACAACCUUAACUGGCGAUCAGUUCGUGGAAUACAAGAAUGAACAAGGUUUGACGGAAAGAAAGACAGUUGAAAAGAAUGGAAAAGUUGCUGGCUUUGUUGUUGAUCCAUGUGCAGAUCUGCAGAUCGGAGAAAUUUCACCAGAUCUUAUUUUAGGUUCUCAAGAUGUAGCAGUAGAGUUAAAUUUGCUUCAGAAAUAUAAUGUGACACAUAUUUUGAAUGUUGCCACUUUUGUCAACAAUACAUUUCCAGAACAUUUUACAUACAAGAAUAUAGACUUAUUAGAUAUUCCGGAGACAAAUAUAGCCGAACAUUUUGAAUCAGCUUUUCAAUUCAUUAACUCUGGGAAAAACAGUGGAGGUUGUGUAUUGGUGCAUUGCAAUGCUGGAAUUUCCAGAUCUGCAACAAUAGUCAUAGCCUACCUCAUGAAGACAGAAUGCUGGUGUUUGGAUAAAGCAUAUCAAUAUGUGAAAGAAAAAAGAUCAAAGAUCAGACCUAAUGCCGGAUUUCAAGUCCAACUGAAGACUUUUGAACAACAACUGAAAGAUCAGGGACUAAUUAAUAAAUAAUGCUGGGAUAAUUCUCAUUUUGAGUUUUUGACACUGUAUAUAACAAUAUUCUCUGAGGUCCUUUAUUAUAAAUAUUCUGUGUAGUACAUGUUUAUUAACUUAAUAAGUUGAUUGUGUGACUGUGCGCUGAACACCCUUUGUA